GAAGAAGUGACUCCGAAAUCUCAACCUAAAAAACCUGUUGAGGUAAAACCGCCACCCAAAAAAGUUGAAGAAGUGAAAGUACCGGUUGUAUCGAAACAACAAACGCCUCAACAAGGUGUUAAGAGGAAGGCUGUUGAUAAUGAUCAGCCCACAAAGCAUAUAAAGUUGGAUGAAAGCAUCAUUGUGGACGAGGAAAACAAGCGUCGUCAAGAACGCGAUGAGCGUUCAUUGUUCAUCAAGGGUUUCCCAAAAAAUACAAAGACGAAGGAGCUAGAGCAGUUACAUGCUGAUAUUGAAACUGUGCGUCACAGGCGAGGAUCGUCAUUUGCUUGGAUAGUAUUUAGGAAUGAAGCUGCCUGUACAAAGGCUCACGGCAUGCUAUCUAAAGCGAAGUUAGGAGGUAGGAGUCUGAUAGUUGAUUUUUGCGGGUCAAGGUCAUCGAAAGCUCCAGCGAAUCCGAAAGAAACGAUGCCGGUGAAUCCUCUGGAAUUGUACAUCAAUGGUUUACCAGGGAAUGUCACCAAGGAAGACAUUAGGAAUGUCUUCAGGGCUGCUGUAUCCAUACACAUUCCAAACAGUAAACCUCAUGACUUAAGGCGUGCAUUUUUGUUGUUUUCAUCUGAGGAAGACGCCAAAGUGGCUUUUGAUAAAGGUAAAGGUCUGAAACUCGGUGGCCGAUCUGUCGAUGUGUUCUAUGCACGUCUGCGCAAAAACGCUCUACCGAAUGCCACGGUGAAACCUUUAAAGGAUGCAACUGCUGCUCAAAAUUCAAAUUCGACUGCGGUAAAGAAGCCAACUGUUGCGCCCAAAGUAGAGGAGAGUGAUGACAGCGACGAAGAGGAAGUAGAAUCCAGCGAUGAAGGAAUCGAGGAAGUUGCUGAACCAUCAACAAAAAAAGCAGCACCUGCCAAGGUUGGUUUUGUUAGAUCGGUUGCUAGUCCUUCUGCAGGUUACAUACCAAGAAUUGAGAAAAUCUGA